GGUAGCAGAUAGUACAUUCAUCAUUCGGUAUUUUUAACUAUAUCUUAGACAUUGUAGUAUUGAAAAAUAAGGAAAGAAAACAAUCAUAAAAGUGCUACCGGUCGUGGCGGUUGUCUAAUAAUAAGAUUUAGUUUGAGUAAAAAAACGACAACAACAAAAUUAAUUUACAUUUUAUAUAAGUUAAAUCGGUAAUUAUAUUAAAAUGGACAUUUUAUUCAUAAGCAAACGUAUAUAUCUUGGAAAAGGAGAUGGUUUCAUGAAUGGUGGAAUAAUUGUUUCAACUGAAGGGAUAAUUCAAAGAAUUCUCAAAUCAAGUCAAGAGGUUAAUUCUUAUAUGUACAAUAAUGAAUCGGAAUCGGUAAUUGAUUUUGAGAAUAUGGUACUAAUGCCGGGUCUUAUUGACACCAAUGUUCAUAUUAACGAACCAGGGAGAAAAGACUGGGAGGGAUUUUUGACAGCAACAAAAGCCGCUGCUGCAGGUGGAUUCACAACAAUCAUUGACCGUGCGACAAAUUCCAUUCCACCAACAACUAGUGCUGCCAAUUUAAAAACAAAAACAUCUAUUGCAAGAGGCAAGAUUUACGUGGACAUAGGCUUUUGGGGUGGAAUUGUCCCAGGAAACUUCCAUGAACUAGCAGAGUUAGCCAGUUGUGGAGUCAUAGGAUUCCAAUGUUCACUUUGUCCAACAAAUCUACCAGAAUUUGAACACCUUACCAAAGAACAGGUUGAAGAAGCAAUCGGGAAACUCGAUGAUGGAGCAAUUAUUGCAUUUCAUGCUGAGUUUCAAAGUUCAACGAUCGCCAAACCAAAUGAGGAUAACGUGAAAAGUUACGAAACGUUCUUAAAAACAAGGCCAUCAUCAAUGGAAAUUGAAGCUGUUAAUUGGGUAGCAAAUCUAGCUGAAAACAAUAAGAAAAAACAUUUUCACAUCUUGAACCUGAGUUCAGGAGAAACCAUUCCUAUCAUCAAAAAAAGUCAGAAGAAUAAAGCUAAUUUAACAGCUGAAACAUGCCACCAUUAUCUUGCUCUGUGUGCUGAAGAUGUGGAAGACUGUCACACCGAGUUUAAAACAUGUCCACCAAUACGGCCAAAAGCCAAUCAAGACCUACUUUGGAAAGCUAUCCAAGACAAAACCAUUAAUAUGGUUGUUUCGGACCAUUCUCCAGCUACUCCUGGUGUCAAGUGCCUUAACUAUGGCAAAACGAGGGGAGAUUUUCUUCAAGCAUGGCCAGGCGUUGCUUCAUUGCAAUUUGGCUUAUCAAUAUUUUGGACACAUUGCCGAGAAUAUGGUUUAGAACUCGAGGAUGUUUGUCGUGUUAUGUGUGAGAGCCAAGCUAAUAUGUGUGGUAUUCAAAAUUUUAAAGGAAAAAUUGAAGAAGGAUAUGAUGCAGAUUUUUGUGUGUGGGACCCCGAAGAGGAAUUUUUAGUCUCACCCGAGAUUAUACAAUUUCGAAAUAAGGCUAAUCCUUACAUGAAUAAAAAGUUACGUGGUGUAGUUCAUGCAACUGUGGUUAGAGGAUUACAUGUAUUUCAAAAGUAUGAAGGCUUUGGACAGCCAUUGGGAAAAGUUAUACUCAGAAAAAUAAACAAAAAAGUUGUUAAGUUUGUAAGAUUGUGAAAAAGUCUGAAAUUAUUAUUAUUAUUAUUAACAUUAUGUAUAAGAAAAUUAAGUUAAAUUAAAAUCUAUCAAUUUGGACUAAAAAAUUUGUAUGGGGACUACUGUUAUUUUAAGUUGUAAAGACGAAAAUCUGCUUAAAACCUUAAUUUCCCAGUUUUGGACUGCAGGGUCGAGGAAGACAGAUAGACAGAUGGACGGAAUGAGGGGCCCAUUUCAUGUCAUGUUUGAUUAAAAUCUCGAGUUUGAAAAUUUGUACGAAUGCAAUACUUGCCAUAUACAUAGUUCCAAUGUCGCACAAGUAAAUAUGCUAUAUCUGAAGGAGAAAUCAGUUGCGCAGAAUAAUUAGUUACCUAUAUUGAAAGUCUACAAUAUUGUCAACAUGAGUACUUUGGCCGAUUGGAAAAGGAGGUGGAUAUCUCCAUGAGAUUCACGGCGCUAUCCGUAAAAAAAA